AUGUAUAUUACGGGUAUUGCAUACUGCGGACUAGUGGAGAUUGCGCUAUUACGCUAUAUAGUUGUUGGUGUCAGAAGUCAGAACUGUCAGAUGAUCUCAAUUUAUAUUGUCAUUUCAUCAGUUAUCAUCCAAAGUAAAAAAUGCGCCUUUUUAUUUUUAUUUAUAAAGUUUAGAUUCAACCUUACAGUUAUGGAGUUUUUUGUAAUUAUACUUAGAAUCAACUGCUGCGGUAACAUUGAUAUAUACAGCAUACUUGUGAUGUAUGUUGAGGUUACAGGUUUAAAUCCUCCCCUCAUGUACUAUCUCAACAUUGAUGUCCUCCCAAAACAUGGUCUAGUACAAACCAAAUUUCGUAGCAUUGCAUUACUAUCGAAAUCUUCCAGCUUGGAUUGUUCAAUUAAUGAACAAUCUGAAAUAAAGAGUCACCCAUUCAAGGAAUUAAACAUAUAAAACAGUCUGUUUACCUAUCUGUUUUUGAUUUACAUUUCAAACCCACCCAUUAAAUUUAAUGAUUGCACAUAUCACAACUGUCAUCUAUGUACUUUCUGUAUCUAAUGAAAGUAUCAAUAGUGGUAUCUUACAAAAAGGUACCUUCGGACUCGCUCUUAUCCUUGAAAUCCUUUACUCCUGGUUAUGAAACGGAAUGAUCAGGAUCAUGUGAAUUUUUGUUAUGCUGGGAUCGCACAUUUCCUUCCAUCACUCACGUCACGUACGCGUUAUAAUAUACGCCAGUUUAAGUUGCAAACACUCAAAGCAUGAUGUAAAAACUAUUAAACUAUUAAAAAUAAUAUUUUAU